GCGGCGGAGAGGUCCGGCCCGGCUCAGGCCUCGGCCUCCCGAGCGUCGCUCCCCCGCACCGCCUCUGUGCCGCGCCUCGGCCGGAGGUGGCGCUCUGUGCGCCCAGCGGAUCCCGGAGAGGGAGGCUCAGACUCGGGGUUCCUCACGAGCGGCUCCUUUCUGUUCCUUCCCUUCCACCCUCGCGAGUUCUCCCGGCUUAGGCCGCGGCCCGGUCUUCCACGAGGGACUGGGGACUUGGGGACUCGGGGCCCUAGGGUGGGGACGAGGCACGCUGCAGCCCCCUCCUCCGACCUGGGCGCUCUCCUCUCUCGGAAUGUGGGUGGAGGCCUCAUCCAGACGCCCCGGGCACCGGAUUCUGGGCGGGGGCGCGUGGCGGCCGCCAGGAGCCCGGCUGGAGCGCCCGCCCCGCGGCCUCGCCUCCCCGCCGAGCCGCCAGCGCCUCGGGACGCGAUGAGGACCUGGGCUUGCCUGCUGCUUCUCGGCUGCGGAUACCUCGCCCAUGCCCUGGCCGAGGAAGCCGAGAUCCCCCGCGAGGUGAUUGAGAGGUUGGCGCGCAGUCAGAUCCACAGCAUCCGGGACCUCCAGCGACUCCUGGAGAUAGACUCCGUAGGGGCUGAGGAUGCUUUGGAAACCAGCCUGAGAGCCCACGGGGGCCACGCCACCAAGCAUGCACCCGAGAAGCGGCCUGUGCCCAUUCGGAGGAAAAGGAGCAUCGAGGAGGCCAUCCCCGCGGUCUGCAAGACGAGGACGGUCAUUUACGAGAUACCUCGGAGCCAGGUGGACCCCACGUCUGCCAACUUCCUGAUCUGGCCGCCGUGUGUGGAGGUGAAGCGCUGCACCGGCUGCUGCAACACCAGCAGCGUCAAGUGCCAGCCCUCCCGUGUCCACCACCGCAGCGUCAAGGUGGCCAAGGUGGAGUACGUGAGGAAGAAGCCAAAGUUAAAGGAGGUGCAGGUGAGGCUGGAGGAGCACCUGGAGUGCACGUGCACUGCCGCCGGCCCGACCCCUGGCCACCGGGAGGAGGAGACAGGAAGGCGCAGGGAGUCAGGUAAAAAACGGAAAAGAAAGAGGUUAAAACCCACCUAAGGCGGCUGACCAGAUGUGAGGUGAGGAUGAGCCAGCAGCCCUUCCCCGGGACACGGAUGUACAUGGCGUGUUACAUUCCUGAACUACUAUGUACGGUGCUCAUUGCCAGCGUGCGGUCUUUGUUCUCCUCCGUGAAAACUGUCUCCGUGCGCACCCUGGAGAACAAAGAGACAGUAUACGUUUGUUUAAUGUGACAUCAAAGCGAGUAUUGUAGCACUCUGCGGAACAAUGAGAAGCUUCC